UGGCGAGGAAAUGGGCGCUCGUGUGCCCGUGGUGUGGCCACGGUGGUGCGGUGGUGGCGCCGCCACGACCACUGCGCUGCUGCUGCUGCUGCUCGCGGUUGCCGCCGCUGCUGCUGCGGAGGCCCAGGAGCGACGCACCGCCCCGGACAAGGUCUCCCUCGGUCUCUACAAGAAGCUGUUCGAGGUCAAACGCAAGGAGCAGAUGAACGCCCUCAAGACCCUCAUUGAGCUGAGGGACCUCCAGCAGCAGUACAAGAUCAUCGACAUCAUGCUGCAGGGCCUCUUCAAGGUGCUGGAGGAAUCGCGCGUGAUCCUGGCUGCCGCCAACGUGCUGCCUUCAGGCCCCAUCCCCGACGACGCCCGACAGAGGGACGCGUUCUCCCACGUGGUGGAGAACGUGGCGUUCUUCGGCGACGUGCUCCUGCGCUUCCCGCGCAUCGUGCACAGCUACGUGGACGGCAGCGCGGAGCGCCGCCUCGUGCGCUGGGGCCUCCUCUUCUGCAACGGCACAGGCGUCUUCGCCGACGGCACCCACGCGCAGCUGCUGGGCCUGGCGUCGCAGGAGCUGGGUCUCAUCGAGAAGUCGCCCGAAUAUCACAACCCCUUCCAGCUGGACGAGGAGAAGAUGCUGAGGGACACGCAGGUGCUGCGCGAGGCGUUCCGGAAGGAGGAGAAGAGGAGGAAGCAGGAGGAGAAGCGCGAGAAGCGGAAGGGGCCGCGCAUCACGCGCUCCCGCUCCGAACUCUAGCCGGGACCGCACUGCCCGUGCCGGCCGCGUCACCAAUUCGCGACUCCGCCGGGCGACGGCUGCCACCGUGGAACCGUCCGCGAGCUCCCACCGUGCACCGGACCCCCAUCGCUAUCGACGAAACAAGCACCUCCACCCUCCUUUGCCCCUACCCU